AUGGCUGAAGAAAAUUCUUUCUAUAGGGCUAGAAAUCAAGAUGACGAUGAUGAUAAAAUAACUGAGGAAACAAUCAAAGAAGCUCAACAAGAUCCAAAAUUUGGUAAAUUCAUGGAGAAAGUUUUGGAAAUAGAUAAAGAGAAAUAUUUCGUCAUGUUAGCACAUCAAGGUGUUAAGUUGCCUCAUGACUUUGAUGUUACACAAUUGAGACAAAGUGAAAGAACAAGCACUCUAGCUGAGGAAACCAAGGACAAAUAUGUUUUACAAUGGUUAUACAAAGAUGAAGCAAAAGCUCAACUAGAAGUUAACAAUGUCAGCAUCCCAAUAGAGAAAUAUGGAAAAGGCUAUGAUAUCAUGAGGAAAAUGGGAUAUGGCGGCAAUAGUCCCAUAGGAAAAAGGAAAGAAGGUAUCUUAGAACCCAUAAAACCUCCUUCUCAACACACUAAGGAUAAAUCAGGACUAGGGUUUGGGCAAAGCAAUCUGGAUCCACAACAAGAAGAGGAAUAUGAACGAAAACAAGAAGAAAUUGCCAUUCAGAGAGAAGAAGAAGUCACACGUAAACAACAAGAAGAAGAAGAAACAACUCACAAGUAG